AUGAAGUUGAAGCAUAUUGCAAUAAGUGGUCUCAAAGCCAUACCAAUCCUUCUCGGAACGGCGGCUUGUUGGGAUAUACCCCCAGAAUAUGGUAUUCAGUCAUCACCAGAUGGCCACUUUUUCCAAGACAAUACCGGGCAGCCUUUCUUCUGGCAGGCGGACACAGCUUGGCUCUUGUUCCACCGUCUCAAUUACAGCGAGUCGGACGUCUACCUAAGCGACCGUGCCAGCAAGGGGUUCAACAUGAUCCUGGUGGUCGGGUUCACGCAGAUUGGCAUUGAUAGUCCGAACCGCAACGGAGAUCUCGUCUUCAUUGAUGAGGACGUUACGCAGCCGAACGAGGCAUAUUGGGCCUAUAUCGAUUCCAUUGUAGAGUUGGCUUGGAGUAAAGGCAUCCGUAUCGCAUUGGUUCCGGCUUGGGGCAAAUAUGUGCACUCUAGCGAAAAUGAGGGAUCUGUGCUGAAUAUGGCGACUGCGCGCACUUUUGGUAAUUUCAUCGGACGACGAUACCCUUACCUGCCAAAAUCUCUCGUGGCGGACACAAACCCAUGGUGGCAGAACAAGACGGCUGUCAAAGACGACUACACCAAGGGUGGUGUUCCCCCGGCGUAUCCGUAUACAGACUGGAGCAAUGUGUAUGACGAAUUGGCCGAGGGUAUCGUGGAAGGAGAACAAGCAACCAUUUCUUCGCAGCAAGCCGAAGGGUCCUCGACUUGGUCACCCCUGAUAACGAUCCACCCAACGAAUCAAUGGUUUAACGGAGGUCCAAUUGCUCUAGCAAGUGCGUUCCUCGGCGAUCGGACGUGGCUCACCUUUGACGCCAGUCAGUCUGGGCACACGGAUUACGCACCAAAUCCACCGAUUCCCUGGUGGAACUGUCGUCGAGGAUGGGAACCUGUCGAGCUCAUGUAUUCCGGUAGCAUGUCCAAGGGCGACAAGAAGAGACCGGCGCUGGACAAUGAGCCACAUUAUGAGAAUCGCUACAACAAUGCCAAGAACACAAACGCGUACUGGAACGCCAGUGAUGUACGGACUGGCGGUUGGCAGUCGGUCCUGUCGGGUGCGGCCGGAGUGACAUAUGGAGCAGAUAAUGUCAUGCAGAUGUACAUACCGGGACUGUAUGACCAGGAUGGGAGCGGGCCGCCUGUCGCGUGGUCCGAAGAGAUCAACCUUGCCGGUGCGAAUCAAAUGCAAUUCAUCAAGCAAGCCAUUACGGACCGCGGCGAAGCGUCCUACUUCACCCGCAUUCCAGCACAAGAUAUCGUUGAAAACGCGGGAUCAGACGACAGGAGAGUCACUGCAGCACGAGAUAGCCAGGGCUCCUAUAUCAUCGUGUAUUCGCCAACGGGACAAACUUUCUCCAUUGACACUGCCAGUCUUGACGGAUGUGACGUGGAUGCAAGCUGGUUCGAUCCCGUCGUGGGCAUAUAUCAGGAGGUCGACUAUACGCAAUGCAACGGGGACAAUUCCACAAAGAGACAAUUCGCGCCGCCGAAAGUGGAUUCGCACGUGGACUGGGCUCUUGUCCUGCAAGUUUCCAAAUAA